UGAACAUGGUGAUGUGAUUGUGAAAACUAUGGAAGAAGAAAAGAACAAUGGAGAGAAUACACAAGACUUGGAAUAAUAACUCUACUCCCCUUUCAUUUCACCAUUCUUAUACUAUUUUGCUUGUUUGUCAUGUUUAUAACAAACUAAAGAACAUAUGGGAAAUAAUCAUAACGUUAUGCAAACUUAUUUAAUAAUUAUCAGAAUAUUAUGAAUUUGAAAAAUUCAUCUGCCUUGGAUGAAUUUGGCCACAUACUUUCCUUAUGAGUCUUUCUUCAACACACUAUCAUUGUUAACACAUUUGCAUGAGUUUUUUUCUAAAAAGUUUUGAAAGUUCAUUGAUUUUGUAUUUAAAUUCAAACCCAUUGGAGAGAAAGAGCUCAAGAAAUAUAUUUGUAAAUGGGUUUGUUCACUUCUCCAAAUCCCCAUUUCUUCAAGAUCGUUCUUCAUCAAAAUCUCACCCAACAAAAACUUGUAAGUACUAAUCAAACCAACAAAUUUUUCAAAUCACAUUCUCUAAUUACUCUUUUUUUUUUUCUUCUUCUUCAACAGGAUCUUCCAAACAAGUUCGUCAAGAACAAUGCCCAUUCUCUGUUAUUCAACAACGCCACUCUUUCCCUUCCCGACGGCUCUAAAUGGAACUUCCAACUCACGAGACUAGACGGCAAAAUAUGUUUCCUCAGAGGAUGGCCGGAGUUUGUAAACUUUUAUGCCGUUCAACCUGGAUAUUUCCUCGUGUUCCAGUUGAAAGGAAUUUGUUGUUUCAAUGUUCUUAUUUUCGAUACUUCCGCUACCGAAAUCGAUUAUCCAAUGCGUCGACUGCCGGUAAUCGUUCCUAAAAGCGAAAGCGAUGAUGAAGGUGAAUCUAUCCAGAUACUACAUGAGGAGGUUUUGAAGAAGAGAAGAAGAAUGGAGAAGAAAGAGAAAGAAACAUCCGCGUAUUACUCCUUGCGGGAGAUGAAGAAGAAUAUGAAGAUUAAGAUAAUGAAGCGUCGAGAGUUCACUACACCUCAAGGAUUCAGCGAUGACGAUGAAGAUGAAGAUCUGGAAACGGACUACUCACCGAGACAAACUAAUUACAGAGCAUCAGAGUACAACGAGAGAGAAGACGGCAGAUCCAGUCCGGAAUCGAUGAGACCGAUGAAUCCACGGAAGACGCAGCAGGUAUUAACAGAGAAUCAAUUGGUAGUUGUGAGGAGAGCGAGUUCGUUCAAAUGUAGAACGAAGAACCCUUCAUUCAUGGUUACAAUGAGGCCUUCGUACAUCCAAACAGGAAAUUGUCUGAGCUUGCCAAGGAUCUUUUCAGAGAGAUAUAUAAAGGAAUCGGUGGAUGUGAAGCUGGAGGUGGGAGAUGGUCGGAUUUGGAAAGUAUGGUGCGGAGUCCGGUGGGCGUUCACACGGCGGCGAACGGAGCUGAAAGGCGGUUGGAAGAGAUUCGCGGUUGAUAAUGAAUUGGAAGAAGGGGAUAUUUGUGUGUUUGAAUUAAUGAACAAAACCCCUAAAGUUCAUUUCCUCGUCACCAUUUUCCGUCUUCCAAGUCCUUAGUGAGUGAAUUCAACACCCAAAUAAUGUCUAAUUAAUCUUAUAUUAUGUUAUUGCUAA